AUGUCUCUGUCCUCAAGAGGCGAAGCUCUAGCCCGAAUCGGCUUCGACCACGGGCCCCUCGAAGAAUACCACCCACUCACGAACCCUCAUGGUACCGUGAAGUUCCUCUACGCCGAGAACCGCCUGAUGCACGACGCCCUCGCCACCUUCAUCAACACCAAUUCGACCCCCAUAACCUCAACCCACCUCUCCUACAACGAAGGCUACACCGGCACCUCCCGCCUCCGCGCCGCCACCGCCACCCACCUCAACACCCACUUCCACAUCCCUUCCCACCAAUCCCUAACCCCCGAAUCCAUAACCUUCGCCGCCGGCGCCACCGCCCUCAACGAAGCCUUAGCCCUCACGCUCUGCGACCCCCGCCCCGCCACCGACCAUGCCAGCGAUGCGAACGCGAGUACGAGCCGUGACGCCAUCCUUCUGGCCAAGUACAACUACGGCGCCUUCCCGACGGAUUUCGCGGCCAGGACGGGCGUGGAGCUCGUGUAUGCGAAGUUCAAUGGGGGAGAGCAGUUUUGUGGUGGAGGAGAGGACGAGAGCGUGAUGAGGCCGUAUGAGAGGGCGUUUGAGGAGGCAAAAGGUCGAGGGUGCAGGGUUCGGGCAGUGGUGCUGUGUAAUCCGAAUAAUCCGUUGGGACGCUGCUACUCCCGUCAAGCCCUCGCGGCGCUGAUGCACUUCUGCCGGCGGCGCGCCCUGCACCUCAUCAGCGACGAGAUCUACGCGCUGUCCGUCUACGAGGUCCCCGGGCGCGCAAACGAGCAUUUCACCUCCGUCCUCGCCAUCGACCACGCCGGCCUCGUCGAUUCGCGGCGCGUGCAUGUCCUGUACGGCCUGUCCAAGGACUACGCGGCGGGCGGCCUCCGCCUGGGCUGCCUGAUCUCGCACAACGAGGCGCUGCACCGCGCCGUGCGUGGCGGUGUCUGCCGCUUCAGCAGCCCGUCGAGCCUGUCGAUGGAGGUCGCGGCGCGCAUGCUCGAGGAUAGGGGGUGGAUGAAUGGGUUUUUGAGGUCGAGUGUGGCGGCGUUGGCGAGGCAGCGGGUGCUGGCGGAAGGGCUGUUAGAUGAGGCUGGCGUGGGGUAUUAUAGGGGAGGGAACGCUGGGCUGUUCAUGUGGCUGGACCUGUCUCCCUGCUUGCGUCUGGAUGAGGUGGGUGGUGAUGGGUGGGCGGCGGAGAGGAUGUUGACGAAGCGGUUGCUGGAAGGAGGCGUGGUUAUGUCGACUGGGGAGCGGUAUCAGUCGGAGGAGCCGGGUCGAUACCGUAUGGUUUUCUCCUAUGAUGAAGCGACGCUGCAGGAGGGCAUUCGGCGGUGA